AUGUUUUUGAUUCAUAUUGUGUACUCAGAGGCACAGUUUUCGCACAGAUAUUAUAUUAACUGACAUUCACGAAAUAAUAUGAAAAUACCACCAAAGAAACGGAUGUGUGAAGAUAAAAUAGAAUUCAAAAUAUCAAUCUCAUCACGCUGAUUACUACGAUUGGUAUCGACACCAUCGAUAUUUGGAUCGGUCGUCCACCAACCGCGGUUUGUUUUCAUUAUCCUCCAGACCAUUAAGAGAGGAAAUUAGGCGCUAACUUUAGCGAUUAUAAGAUAGGUUGUUGUAAUUUCUUGCAUUUUCAAAGAUGGCAGCAUGUGGGUCGUGUCAGUGUUUAGUAAGGAAAUCUUAUCUGGUCCCUACUAGAAUAUAGUACAUACUUGGCUUUAUUAUGCAACUUUAAUAGUUGCAAUAAUAGUGUGGAGUUGAAGAUGGAGAAAAGCUGCAGAGUAAAUGGCGCAGAUAUGGCCAAGCAAAUGGGCGGGUGCUUCUCUUGGCCACUGAUUUCAGUCAGAUUUGAAGAAGCGUGAUGAGGGUGGGGGUCUCAUGGAGGGAAGAAGGAUUUAUGAAAUGAUAAACGGCCACGCUUUGUUUGACUGGACUAGCGCGCACUAAGACGAGAAAGCUUUUUCGCGUUUCCUCCACUUGAGUGAUUGUUGAAGCGCUCGAUCGCCACCCGGCGCGCCAUGCUGCUCCACUUAAGCUCCACUGUGACACCCAGUGGAACCUCUCUGUCGAGUUGAAACCCCUGGACAAUAAUAUAGUGGAUACGGUGGAGGAUAAUCAGCCCCCUCCGCCUCUCUGGCUUCCUUUUCCUCUUCUCUGACCGUGUGUGUACCCGUCUUGCGUCAGAGAAGCGAGUUGUGCGUAACUGGACUGGAGACAGAGUUUCUCCAUUUUGAUUAGAGCUGCGAGGAGAGCAUCUCUGAUCGGGAGAGUGGCCUGGAACAUCAACAAUUAUAUAUCUUUCAAAGCAUUAAGUGGACAUGACGACCGAGACCCCUCAACAGCAGCUGGAUCCUCUUCCUCUGAGAUCCAGCCCGGUGUCCGGCGCUCUGCAUCCCGCAAUGCUGAACACACAAGCCGCUACAGAAAGCUCGUCCACCGCCGCCAAAGGAAAGAAGACAAACUCCGGAUUACGUCGACCGGAAAAGCCCCCUUAUUCGUACAUUGCUCUCAUCGUGAUGGCGAUACAAAGCUCCCCCACGAAACGACUGACACUCAGCGAAAUAUAUCAGUUCCUCCAGGCCCGGUUCCCUUUCUUCAGGGGCUCAUAUCAGGGAUGGAAAAACUCAGUCCGGCAUAAUCUUUCACUCAAUGAGUGUUUCAUCAAGUUGCCCAAAGGACUGGGUAGACCAGGGAAAGGCCACUACUGGACAAUUGAUCCCGGCAGCGAGUUCAUGUUCGAAGAGGGCUCAUUUCGGCGCAGACCGAGAGGCUUCAGAAGAAAAUGCCAAGCCCUUAAACCCAUGUACCGAAUGAUGAACGGCAUUGGAUUUAGCACCUCCAUUCUGCCGCAAAGUUUUGACUUCCAAGCUCCAUCCGCAACACUCGCCUGCCACAGCAACAGCUACAAUUUGGAUAUGAUGAGCAAUUCAAUGACCGGAGGCUACGAAGGGCUAAGCGGGGGCCAUCAUGUACCCCACAUGUCACCGAGCCCCGGAUCCACUUACAUGGCGACUUGUCCGGUUCCGUCGAACGGGGAGUACGGACCGGAUAGAAGCAGCAGUCCUAUACCGUCGUCUCCUGCCACUGCUAGCGCCUUGGACGGCCACUCCCCGUACGCAAGUACAUCCGCACACUGGACCAACUCGGGCGGGUCUCCGUACAUCAAACAGCAGCCUUUAACCUCCGGCAGCCCCGCAUCAUCUUCUCUCUACCCCGGCAUGUCACCUUACUCCCUGGAGCAGACUUACAUUCACCAAAACGGCAGAGAGAGCCACGACAUGGAAGUGGGGAUUCCACGUUAUCAGAGCCACUGUGACAGGAAAGAAUUUGUGUUCAACUUGAACGGCAUCUCGUCCUUCCACCCCACGGCUGGCAGCUCCUAUUAUCACCACCACCACCAUCAUCAUCAUCAUCCUCAGAGUGUGUGUCAGGACAUCAAGCCGUGUGUCAUGUGAGCGCUGUGUUCUGUCAUUAGUCUGGAUGCAAAAGACAGACUCUGCAGUCAAACUGCACGUCAGCCUUGAAACAAAGGACUAUUUUCAGAUGUGUUGUGUUGGAGAAUGAAUACCACGAUGACUACUUUCACAUGUUGCCUCUUUGUGGACCUGACCAAAUGUGCAUUAAAAGGAAAACCAAUGAAGAAACCACAGUGGCCUUAAAUACACACCUUGUCUACAACAGUGACAAGCAUUUCCUUCUUGAAAAGAAGCUCAGAAAACAUACAUUUUUAACCUAUAAGACGUCAAAAGUUCCCAUUUCUGCCUAAAAGGGAAAUGAUGGGCUCACCUGUGACUGUAAUAAAGACAAUGAAUGCCAUAGACCAAGUGGAGCCCAUAGAACAUAUUUCUGAUGGUGCUUUUUUUGUCUAAAAUACUAAUUAAUGUCAAAGAUCUGUGAUGUACAUUCCUGUACUGUGUUCAUGGUAAAUUGUACAAAUGUAAGGACAUAUAUCAACCAAAAAUAACUCCUAUAUUGCAAAUGCUCCUUUACUGUUUACCUGACACACUUCCAUUUUGGGGGUUUAAGGCCCAUUUUAGGACAUUGUGUUAUGGGUUCUUAUUGGUUAUUGAGUGUUUCCUCUUUUAACAAAUUAUGGUUAUGUUUAUAUGUUUUGUGAUUACACGCGGCGCUUUAUUAUGAACCGCAACAAACAUUGCACUUAUUCUACAGCGAUGCCUUUUGUAACA